AUCAGGCCAUAUUUGACAUUUUAAUACUCCCCCUUCUUGAUUGUUAACUCAUUUUUUCCAUUGGAUUCUUUCCCCUUGAGUGACUUAUGCAAACUAAACUACUAAGAAUAAUGAUCACCUGUUUAUUUGCUACUUUGUUUUGGGGGGGAUUCAUAGCUUUUGUAUGUGAAAGGCUAGCAUGCUUUACUCAGGAAAUGCACAAGCUUGCAUGCUGUGCUACUUAUAGAAACCACAAGUGCCGAAGUCUAAAACUAAACUGUGGCUUUGUUGUUCUAAUGAACACCUCAGCCUCAGUGGUCUUCGUGCAUGCUCAUAUGAUGGACUUGUCGGACAGAAGAAGGUUUGAAAAUAGUUUGCAUUGCACACUGAUUUAAAUGUAGGGUUAAAAGGACAACAUGUGUUACUUUGUUACAUUAGAGUACUGAUACAAUAGAUCAAUCAGAUGACUUUAAACAACAAGCUUUUUUAUCAUUAUGGGAAACAUUACAGCAAAUCUGAACACUGAACACAUCAUACUAAUCAGUGUUUAUGCUGGUACCAUCUUCUUCAUCAUUCUGUUUGGAUGCGUUGCACUUAAAAAGUAUCGAUCAAUGAAGAAAACCAUUCGGUUCCUUAGCCAGAGGAGACCAGAUGUGAACUUUCCAGUUCCUUUUCCAGAUUCUCCUCAAUCUCAAACCAUCCCAGAAACACCCAUCAUCUCCAACUAUCCUACAGAAGAUCCAGUAAGGCCUCCACAAACCACGACAAGCUGCAGAUUACCCUGGAAGCCCUUACAGCAGGUUCCACAGUUCAAGAAAGCAGACCUGAGCCUUUUUCAGCUCAUAAAAGCCGGGAGAGAGGGAGUUUUCUACAAAGCAAGGAUAACCAGGGGAAACUGUAAAGGUCACUCGCUGAUAACUUGCAAAAUUGGAAAAGAAGGUAUCACCAGUAAGCAGAUGGAAAAUGAGGUGUCUAUUAUGAGAAAGCUGGCGUAUCAUCAUAAUGUGAUGCAGCUGCUGGACUGGAACACAACUGAAGAGCCGUAUAUGCUGAUCAUGGAGUUUAUGAGCUACGGCACGCUGCGCAGUUUUGUUCAAAGAAACAAAGAGCAACUGAGUGCUGACACUGAACUACAAAGCCAAUUCACCAUCGCGUCCUACCACAUAGCCCUGGCCAUGGAACAUUUGCGCUCAAAAAUGGUGGUACACUGUGACCUUGCCUUGAGGAACAUUCUUGUGAGCCGUUUCCCAUGGGAGGUGAAGGUAGCAGAGUUCGGCCUAGCCAGGGAUUUGACCCGCAUGAGGAGCAGACGCAGCAGCAGAAAAAAGCAACACAGGGAGCGAGUGCCCCUGCGCUGGUACCCUCCAGAAUAUUUCCGAAACAACUACUAUAGCUUUAAGGGCGACGUCUGGGCAUUUGGUAUUGUGCUGUGGGAGAUGCAGACGUUUGGCACCUUGCCGUAUUCAGAUCUGACCACAUCUGAGCAAGUUGUAUAUAAUGUCUGUGCCGGAUAUAAGAAUACAAUUCCCAGCACGUGCCGUCCAGAGAUAGAACAGAUCAUGCAGAACUGCUGGUCGGACCCAUACACCUCCAGACCAUCAUUUCCAGACAUUGUCAAGAUCUUGGAGAACGUUGUGGAAAGUGACGGAGAUUAUGUGGAUGUUGACAACCAAAGAAUCAUGAAUGCUGAAGAAAAAGGAAUUUAAAAACAUAACUUGUACGAUUAACUUAAAACAUGUAGUAGCAAUAUUUUUAACAUAUUUUAUCAUGUAACACUUUAUUGUUUUGUGCAGUCAUACAUGCAGGCGUGUAUUUAAGGACUGAAUUUUGUUUAGGUUCAAUUGUAUAUACAAGCCGGACAAUAUUUAACUCUAAUGACUAACUAUUAAUAUUUCAUGUAAAACCUUGCAAAAAUAUUAUGUUUAUCUUGAUUAAGAAUAUAAAGCAUUGUAUUAUAUCUUUAAAAUAAUUGAAGAGAUGUGAAGAGAUUUUUAAAUAAAAAUAAAAAAAUUACAUUUUAAAAAUGUAUUUAAAUUCUUUAUAAUGUAACCAUUGUUAAAUAUCUAAAAGAGCAACACUUAACACAGUUAUAACUAUGGUUAACCAUA